AUGACUGUUAAUGUCGAUAGAAUGGUAUUCGAUGUUGUAGCAUUAGUAAUAGUGACUAUUAAUACUAACGGAAUAAUUUUUGGUAUUGCAACAUUACUAAUAAUGACUAUUAAUGUCGAUAGGAUGAUUACUCAAGAUUUAACCAAGUCAAAGUCCAAGUGGAUAACCGAUUUUACACUGAUGCCACAAUAUAAUAAAAUUGUUACUUCAACAGGAGAUCGUGAAAUUCAAUUUUACGAAAUGUCUACAUUUGAGCCUUACUGCCAAAUCAGUGGAUUAGACAGUGUUCCGCUAAAAAUCGAUUACUGGGGUUCAAGAUCUACCGAUGAAUGUUAUGUGCUAUAUGGUGAUGUCCAGGGCUGCAUUAAUGUAAUACAAAUUGCAUCUGCUGGAGAAACUCUAAGAACCUGGAAAAAGAGUCCCAAAAGUGACGGUAUUGCAAGUGUUAAUUUGGAAAGGUGGAAAGUGCAUAAUGAUUGGGUUGGUCAGUUAAACUAUUAUGAAUCCAUCCAAUCGGUCAUUUCAUGUUCUAAUGAUGAUACAAAUGCCUUAGUAAUAGGGAGCUUACAAAGUAGCACUAAAGUUGACUCUCAGUUACGUGAAAUAUAUUACUCGGUUAAUAGUCGCCACCGCAUACAACAAUCUAAUUACAUUAUGGGAUCGCAACCAAAACGAAGAAGUGAUAGCGAUCAGACUGUAUUUAAAAUCUAUAAAGGUGUCAAGACAUUCGAUUUUUCCAAACAAAAAAAUUUAAUUGUCACUGGAGGAAUGGAUAGAAUCAUUCGCACAUGGAAUCCUUAUGUUGCAAAUAAACCUACCGGGAUGCUUAGAGGCCACAAUGCUCCAAUAAAUUACAUAAAAAUAAGCUCUGAUGAAGGCCGUGUUUUUAGUGUUUCUACCGACAAGACAAUACGGAUCUGGGAUUUACAGGACCACACAUGCUUGCAUAUCGUUAGACCAAAGGCUCAUAAAAUUAGAGGCGAUAUACAGGUUGUUCAUUAUAACACACAAAAUCGAACCAUUGCUAUAGCCACAGAUUUGCUUGCUUCCAUGACUUUAAAGUGCAAAACUAUUGUAGUCGAUAUGGCAACGUCGCAUAAAGAAGCUAUCACGGCUAUAAAAUAUAACUCUAGCUUUAGACAGAUUGUGACUGCAUCCGAUGGUUCAGUUGUUCGCGUUUGGGAUAUAGAAACGGGUAAUUUACUUUUUGAAUUUACCCAAGCUCACGGUACAUCCGCAAUUACAGCAAUCACAUUUGAUUCAUCUGGUAGAAGAUUAAUUACUGCAGGAAGAGACGGCUGUUUAAGAAUAUGGAAUUAUAACAAUGGACACUGCUUACGAAUUUUAAGGAAGGAUGGACGCAAUCAAGAAAUAUCUGACAUUACUUACUAUACACAAAAUAAAAACAAGCAUAUUGUAUCGGUUGGUUGGGAUAAAAGAAUAAAUAUAUACAAUGACAAUCCGGAUGAUUUUCGAUAUGUCCAGCCACCUAUGCCUUACUGGACAGAAGAUACUAUCAAUGGCCAUCAAGAUGAUAUUCUUGGUAUUGCUGUAUGCUCACCGAAUUUAUUAGCUACAUCGAGUUAUAAAGGCAGGAUAAUUGUAUGGAAUUUGGUUUCUGGGCAUAUAUUUUGUCGCUUGCAAGUACCAUGUAAAGACUCUCAAUAUAAAGCUGGUGAACAGAAUGCCAUUACUAAGGUUACAUUCCUUGGCACACGCUUGAAUGAUAAAUUUUCUGCUAUAUUAGUCUCCAAUGGACCUAACGGCUAUAUCCAUUUUUGGAAUGUCUAUAAUGGUGGUGCUAUUUAUGCGUCUUUCAAGGCGACGGAUUUUGAUGAAAUUGUGGCCAUUGCCACCAAUCAUGAUAACAGUAGAUUAUUUACCGCUGACGCUAAAGGUUUUAUUGGCACUUGGGAUAUCAAGACUUAUGCGUCCGGUGGCAAAGAGUAUAUGCCACCAGAUGUGCUAUAUUCUUGGAGAGCUCAUACUCAAACUAUAACAUCGAUGGAUUUGAUUGAAUAUCAGGAGGCUAUUGCAACAGCAUCAACUGAUUGUACUUUGAGACUUUGGACCUACGAAGGGAAAUAUAUUGGCACUUUUGGUCAACAAGAGAGCUGGGAUAUCUACGAUCCAACAUCCUAUCAGAGCCCUAUGGUACCUUAUGAUGUCUUAGUCGAUCCUCAAAGUCUUCCUAAUCACCCCAUUUUGAAAGAGAAAACGGACAUAAUGCAAGUUGCGAAUAAAAAUUCGACUGUAGAACCUGAAAAAAAAAAAGGGCCCAACGUCCAGGUUGAGCAAUCCCCGACGCAAUGGUAUAAGAAUAUGAAGCAUAAUUCAAAGUUCGAUGAUUUGGAUAUUACUUCUGAAGUUUUAAGAGAAAGGCUAACUGGAUCUGGCAAGAGAUUACGUCACGAGAUUCUAACACCAUUACUAAGAUCCAGAAGUGGCGUUACAAGGGAGUACCAAUCUCUACCAUGUUACGAUUUGCAGGACACACCCUCUAUACCGGAGCCUCAAAAAUUGACAUCGCAUAACGAUCCAUUCGAUAGUAUUUUUAACUAACUGUAUUACCCGAUAACACAUCAGGAUUGUAAAUUGCCACGCAAUACAUUUGUUAACUAGGACAAUAGUCUUCUGAACUUAUAUUC